AUGUUUGGGGACUUGAGGGUGAAGGAGUGGCUGUGUCUUACCUGCCAGAUGCAGAGAACUGUUGGAGGAAUGGAGCCCCCAGGACCUCCCAAGAUGAAGCCACAGCCUUCACCCAACAAAACCUCCACUUCUGCCACACCACAAAAGAAGGAGACAUCAACUCCAGGGUCCCCCCAGAGAAAGACAUCUUCUCCAGCAGUCCAGCCACCCAAGACUGAGGCGGCUAAAGGUUUACAGUCUCAGAAAAGCAGUCCAGCUCCUGUUCAGAAAUCACCACAGGACAACAGAAGAACAUCUGGGCCUCAGAAACCACCAGACCAGACCAGCCAAACAGGGCGUAAGCAGAGUAAUGCUGCCCAGCAGGAGUCAGGGGGCUUCUUUGGCUUUGGUGGUGCUAAAUCUCAGCCUGCUGCAUCACAGCCUGCAGAGUCAGUGUCUGGGAAGAUGUUUGGCUUUGGCUCCUCCAUCUUCAGUUCUGCCUCCACUUUGAUCACCUCAGCUGUUCAAGAUGAGCCUCGCCCCACACCUCCAGCUUCCCCCAAGGUGACUGCUUCAGCUCAGGCCUCUCCUAAGAUGCCACCUGCUAAGGAGACCAAACCACUUGCUGCUCAGAAAGCAGAGGAGAAGAAACCAGAGCAACCCCAGCAGACCAAGGCUCCUCCAUCAGAACAGGCCAAAGUGGACAAGACCCCAUCAGAGCCUCCAAAGUCAGCAGCAGCCUCCCAACCAGCUCCCAAAGCAGGCCAGUCCACCUGUCCUCUCUGCAAGGUGGGACUCAAUGUGGGCUCCAAGGACCCUCCCAACUACAACACCUGCACACAAUGCAAGAACAUUGUCUGCAACCAAUGUGGAUUUAACCCAAUGCCUCAUGAAACACAGGCGAAGGAGUGGCUGUGUCUAACCUGCCAGACACAGCGAGCUGUUGGAGGAAUGGAACCCCCAGGACCCCUCAUGGUGAAGCCCCAGCCGUCACCUAACAAAACAUCAACAAACGCUGCACCCCAAAAGUCUCCUUCAACUCCAGGGUCUCCCCAGAGAAAGCCAUCUUCUCCAGCAGUCCAGCCACCCAAGACUGAUGCUGCAAAAGGUUUAGAGUCUCAGAAACAAGGCAGUCCAGGUCCUGUUCAGAAAUCACCACAGGACAACAGAAGAACAUCUGGGCCUCUGAAACCACCAGACCAGACCAGCCAACCAGGGCGUAAGCAGAGUAAUGCUGCCCAGCAGGAGUCAGGGGGCUUCUUUGGCUUUGGUGGUGCUAAAUCUCAGCCUGCUGCAUCACAGCCUGCAGAGUCAGUUUCUGGGAAGAUGUUUGGCUUUGGCUCCUCCAUCUUCAGUUCUGCCUCCACUUUGAUCACCUCAGCUGUUCAGGAUGAGCCUCGCCCCACACCUCCAUCUUCCCCCAAGGUGACUGCUUCAGCUCAGGCCUCUCCUAAGAUGCCACCUGCUAAGGAGACUAAACCACCUGCUGCUCAGAAAGCAGAGGAGAAGAAACCAGAGCAACCCCAGCAGACCAAGGCUCCUCCAUCAGAACAGGCCAAAAUGGACAAGACCCCAUCAGAGCCUCCAAAGUCAGCUGCAGCCUCCCAACCAGCUCCCAAAGCAGGCCAGUCCACCUGUCCUCUCUGCAAGGUGGGACUCAAUGUGGGCUCCAAGGACCCUCCCAACUACAACACCUGUACGCAAUGCAAGAACACUGUCUGCAACCUGUGUGGAUUCAACCCAAUGCCUCAUGAAACACAGGCAAAGGAGUGGCUGUGUCUAACCUGCCAGACACAGAGAGCUGUUGGAGGAAUGGAGCCCCCAGGACCCCCCAUAGUGAAGCCCCAGCCGUCACCUAACAAAACAUCAACAAACGCUGCACCCCAAAAGGCUCCUUCAACUCCAGGGUCCCCCCAGAGAAAGCCAUCUUCUCCAGCAGUUCAGCCACCCAAGACUGAGGCUGUUAAGGGUUUAGAGUCUCAGAAACAGGCCAGCCCAACUCCUGUUCAGAAAUCCACACAGGACAACAGAAGAACAUCUGGGCCUCAGAAACCACCAGACCAGACCAGCCAACCAGGGCGUAAGCAGAGUAAUGCUGCCCAGCAGGAGUCAGGAGGCUUAUUUGGCUUAGGUGGUGCUAAAUCUCAGCCUGCUGCAUCACAGCCUGCAGAGUCAGUUUCUGGGAAGAUGUUUGGGUUUGGCUCCUCCAUCUUCAGUUCUGCCUCCACCUUGAUCACCUCAGCUGUUCAGGAUGAGCCUCGCCCCACACCUCCAGCUUCCCCCAAGGUGCCUGCUUCAGCUCAGGCCUCUCCUAAGAUGCCACUUGCUAAGGAGACCAAACCACUUUCUGCUCAGAAAGCAGAGGAGAAGAAACCAGAGCAACCCCAGCAGACCAAGGCUCCUCCAUCAGAACAGGCCAAAGUGGACAAGACCCCAUCAGAGCUUCCAAAGUCAGCAGCAGCCUCCCAACCAGCUCCCAAAGCAGGCCAGUCCACCUGUCCUCUCUGCAAGGUGGGACUCAAUGUGGGCUCCAAGGACCCUCCCAACUACAACACCUGCACUCAAUGCAAGAACACUGUCUGCAACCUGUGUGGAUUCAACCCAAUGCCUCAUGAAACACAGGCAAAGGAGUGGCUGUGUCUAACCUGCCAGACACAGCGAGCUGUUGGAGGAAUGGAACCCCCAGGACCCCCCAUGGUGAAGCUCCAGCCGUCACCUAACAAAACAUCAACAAACGCUGCACCCCAAAAGGCUCCUUCAACUCCAGGGUCGCCCCAGAGAAAGCCAUCUUCUCCAGCAGUCCAGCCACCCAAGACUGAGGCUGUUAAGGGUUUAGAGUCUCAGAAACAGGCCAGUCCAACUCCUAUUCAGAAAUCACCACAGGACAACAGAAGAACAUCUGGGCCUCAGAAACCACCAGACCAGACCAGCCAACCAGGGCGUAAGCAGAGUAAUGCUGCCCAGCAGGAGUCAGGGGGCUUCUUUGGCUUCGGUGGUGCUAAAUCCCAGCCUGCUGCAUCACAGCCUGCAGAGUCAGUUUCCGGGAAGAUGUUUGGCUUUGGCUCCUCCAUCUUCAGUUCUGCCUCCACUUUGAUCACCUCAGCUGUUCAAGAUGAGCCUCGCCCCACACCUCCAGCUUCCCCCAAGGUGUCCGCUGCAGCUCAGGCCUCUCCUAAGAUGCCACUUGCUAAGGAGACCAAACCACUUGCUGCUCAGAAAGCAGAACAGAGGAAACCAGAGCAACCCCAGCCGACCAAGGCUCCUCCAUCAGAACAGGCCAAAAUGGACAAGACCCCAUCAGAGCCUCCAAAGUCAGCAGCAGCCUCCCAACCAGCUCUUAAAACAGGCCAGUCCACCUGUCCUCUCUGCAAGGUGGGACUCAAUGUGGGCUCCAAGGACCCUCCCAACUACAACACCUGGUCCCCCCAGAGAAAGCCAACUUCUCCAGCAGUCCAGCCACCCAAGGCUGAGGCUGGUAAAGGUUUAGAGUCUCAGAAACAAGGCAGUCCAACUCCUGUUCAGAAAUCACCACAGGAUAACAGAAGAACAUCUGGGCCUCAGAAACCACCAGACCAGACCAGCCUACCAGGGCGUAAGCAGAGUAAUGCUGCCCAGCAGGAGUCAGGGGGCUUCUUUGGCUUAGGUGGUGCUAAAUCCCAGCCUGCUGCAUCACAGCCUGCAGAGUCAGUUUCCGGGAAGAUGUUUGGCUUUGGCUCCUCCAUCUUCAGUUCCGCCUCCACUUUGAUCACCUCAGCUGUUCAGGAUGAGCCUCGCCCCACACCUCCAGCUUCCCCCAAGGUGACUGCUUCAGCUCAGGCCUCUCCUAAGAUGCCACCUGCAAAGGACACUAAAACACCUGCUGCUCAGAAAGCAGAGGAGAUGAAACCAGAGCAACCCCAGCAGACCAAGGCUCCUCCAUCAGAACAGGCCAAAAUGGACAAGACCCCAUCAGAGCCUCCAAAGUCAGCAGCAGCCUCCCAACCAGCUCCCAAAGCAGGCCAGUCCACCUGUCCUCUCUGCAAGGUGGGACUCAAUGUGGGCUCCAAGGACCCUCCUAACUACAACACCUGCACUCAAUGCAAGAACACUGUCUGCAACCAAUGUGGAUUUAAUCCCAUACCUCAGGAAACAAAGAUAAAGGAGUGGCUUUGUCUUACCUGCCAGACACAGCGAGCUGUUGGAGCAAUUGAGCCACCAGGAACCCCCAUGAUGAAGCCCCAGCCAAUGUCAAACAAAGUUUCCACAGCUGCUGACCCUGAAAAGAAAGACACCACUUCAAAUGCUGUACAAGAGAAGGUAGUUUCAACUCCAGGGUCCCCCCAGAGAAAGCCAUCUUCUCCAGCAGUCCAGCCACCCAAAGCUGAGGUUGGUAAAGGUUUAGAGUCUCAGAAACAAGGCAGUCCAACUCCUGUUCAGAAAUUACCACAGGACAACAGAAGAACAUCUGGGCCUCAGAAACCACCAGACCAGACCAGCCAACAAGGGCGUAAGCAGAGUAAUGCUUUCCAGCAGGAGUCAGGGGGCUUCUUUGGCUUAGGUGGUGCUAAAUCUCAGCCUGCUGCAACACAGCCUGCAGAGUCAGUUUCUGGGAAGAUGUUUGGCUUUGGCUCCUCCAUCUUCAGUUCUGCCUCCACCUUGAUCACCUCAUCUGUUCAGGAUGAGCCUCGCCCCACACCUCCAGCUUCCCCCAAGGUGACUGCUUCAGCUCAGGCCUCUCCUAAGAUGCCACUUGCUAAGGAGACCAAACCACCUGCUAAUCAGAAAGCAGAGGAGAAGAAACCAGAACAACCCCAGCAGACCAACGAUCCUCCAUCAGAACAGGCCAAAGUUGACAAGACCCCAUCAGAACCUCCAAAGUCAGCAGCAGCCUCCCAACCAGCUCCCAAAGCAGGCCAGUCCACCUGUCCUCUCUGCAAGGUGGGACUCAAUGUGGGCUCCAAGGACCCUCCCAACUACAACACCUGCACACAAUGCAAAAACUCUGUUUGCAACCAAUGUGGAUUUACUCCAAUGCCCCAAGUAUCAGAGACAAAGGAGUGGCUGUGUCUUACCUGCCAGAUGCAGCGAGCCGUUGGAGGAAUGGAGCCCCCAGGACCUCCCAAGAUGAAACCACAGGCCUCACCCAACAACACUUCCACUUCUGCCACACCACAAAAGAAGGAGACUUCAACUCCAGGGUCUCCCCAAAGAAAGCCAUCUUCUCCAGCAGUCCAGCCACCCAAGGCUGAGGCUACUAAAGGUUUAGAGUCUCAGAAACAAGGCAGUCCAGUUCCUGUUCAGAAAUCACCACAGGACAACAGAAGAACAUCUGGGCCUCAGAAACCACCAGACCAGACCAGCCAACCAGGGCGUAAGCAGAGUAAUGCUGCCCAGCAGGAGUCAGGGGGCUUCUUUGGCUUUGGUGGUGCUAAAUCUCAGCCUGCUGCAACACAGCCUGCAGAGUCAGUUUCUGGGAAGAUGUUUGGCUUUGGCUCCUCCAUCUUUAGUUCUGCCUCCACAUUGAUCACCUCAGCUGUUCAGGAUGAGCCUCGCCCCACGCCUCCAGCUUCCCCCAAGGUGCCUGCUUCAGCUCAGGCCUCUCCUAAGAUGCCACCUGCUAAGGAGACCAAACCACCUGCUUUUCAGAAAGCAGAGGAGAAGAAACCAGAGCAACCCCAGCUGACCAAGGCUCUUCCAUCAGAACAGGCCAAAGUGGACAAGACCCCAUCAGAGCCUCCAAAGUCAGCAGCAGCCUCCCAACCAGCUCCCAAAGCAGGCCAGUCCACAUGUCCUCUCUGCAAGGUGGGACUCAAUGUGGGCUCCAAGGACCCUCCCAACUACAACACCUGCACGCAAUGCAAGAACUCUGUUUGCAACCAAUGUGGAUUUACUCCAAUGCCCCAAGUAUCAGAGGUGAAAGAGUGGCUGUGUCUUACUUGCCAGAUGGAGCGAGCUGUUGGAGGAAUGGAGGCCUCGGGAGCCUCAAGUAUUAAAUCACAGCCCUCACCUAACAAAGUUGCUACAGCAGCUACGUCCCAAAAGAAGGAAACUUCAACACCGGGGUCCCCCCAGAGAAAGACAUCUUCUCCAGCAGUCCAUCCACCCAACACUGAGGCUGCUAAAGGUUUAGAGUCUCAGAAACAAGGCAGUCUAGCUCCUGUUCAGAAAUCACCACAGGACAACAGAAGAACAUCUGGGCCUCUGAAACCAGCAGACCAGACCAGCCAACCAGGGCGUAAACAGAGUAAUGCUGCCCAGCAGGAGUCAGGGGGCUUCUUUGGCUUCGGUGGUGCUAAAUCCCAGCCAGCUGCAUCACAGCCUUCAGAGUCAGUUUCUGGGAAGAUGUUUGGCUUUGGCUCCUCCAUCUUCAGUUCCGCCUCCACUUUGAUCACCUCAGCUGUUCAAGAUGAGCCUCGUCCCACACCUCCAGCUUCCCCCAAGGUGACUGCUUCAGCUCAGGCCUCUCCUAUGAUGCCACCUGCAAAGGACACUAAAACACCUGCUGCUCAGAAAGCAGAGGUGAUGAAACCAGAGCAACCCCAGCAGAUCAAGGCUCCUCCAUCAGAACAGGCCAAAGUGGACAAGACCCCAUCAGAGCCUCCAAAGUCAGCAGCAGCAUCCCAACCAGCUCCCAAAGCAGGCCAGUCCACCUGUCCUCUCUGCAAGGUGGGACUCAAUGUGGGCUCCAAGGACCCUCCCAACUAUAACACCUGCACGCAAUGCAAGAAAACUGUCUGCAACCAAUGUGGAUUCAAUCCCAUACCUCAAGAAACAGAGGUGAAGGAGUGGCUGUGUCUUAACUGCCAGAUGCUGCGAGCUGUUGGAGAAGUAGAGCCCCAAGGAACCCCCAUGAUGAAACCCCAGCCUGUUGCUAAUAAAGUCCCUGCAACUGCUGCCAGAACCAUAAAGGAUGAUACAUUGAAAGAGGACACAACUACUCUUCCAAUGAAGGAUAUUCCAUUACCAACUCCUGCCUCAACAGAGGAAACACAAGCUAUAUCUAAAAAGAUAGAAAACCAAACUAAUGAGUCCUCAAUUCCUGCCUCACUGUUUACCCAAGAUGCCCCAGCCCCAGCUUCGGUAAUUGUCAAGGAAGCCCAAAUUCCUUCCCCGCUCCGAAUGAAGGAAGAGGCUCUAGUUCCUGCCCCAACCCUCAUCAAGGAGGAGGCUCCAGUUCCUGCCUCAACCCUCAUCAAGGAGGAGGUUCCAGUUCCUGCCUCAACCCUCAUCAAGGAGGAGGUUCCAGUUCCUGCCUCAACCCUCAUCAAGGAGGAGGCUCCAGUUCCUGCCUCAACCCUCAUCAAGGAGGAGGUUCCAGUUCCUGCGCCAACCCUCAUCAAGGAGAAGGUUCCAGUUCCUGCGCCAGGUCUCCCCAAGGAAGAGGUUCCAGUUCCUUCCUCAACCCUCAUCAAGGAGGAGGUUCCAGUUCCUGCCUCAACCCUCAUCAAGGAGAAGGUUCCAGUUCCUGUCCCAACCCUCAUCAAGGAGGAGGUUCCAGUUCCUGCGUCAGGUCUCCCCAAAGUGGAGGUUGCAGUUCCUGCGCCAGGUCUCCCCAAGGAAGAGGUUCCAGUUCCUGCCUCAACCCUCAUCAAAGAGGAGGUUCCAGUUCCUGUCCAAACCCUCAUCAAGGAGGAAGUUCCAGUUCCUGACCCACUCCUCACCAAGGAAGAGGCUCCAGUUCCUACCCCACCCCUCAUCAAAGAGGAGGUUCCAGUUCCUGCCCCAUGUCUCCCCAAGGAGGAGGUUACAGUUACUGCCUCAGCCCUCAUCGAUAAGGAGGUUCCAGUUCCUGCCCCAACCCUCAUCAAGGAGGAGGUUCCAGUCCCUUUCCCAACCCUCAUCAAAGAGGAGGCUCCAGUUCUUGCCUCAGCCCUCAUCAAGGAGGAGGUUCCAGUUCCUACCCCACUCCUCACCAAGGAGGAUGUUCCAGUUCCUACCCCAGGUCUUGCCAAGGAGGAUGUCUUGCCAAGGAGGAGGCUCCUGUUCCUCCCCCACAGAAGGAAGGCACAAUCUUAA